UGAUAGAGUGCAGCUUAUAGUUCCUUUUUGCAGCAUGGAGCAUUAACUAAUUGUAUGUAUGAGCUUCAUCACGUCAACAUGCAACAUGACCGUCUCAAACACGCAGAUUGUCUUAGGAAUCAGGUCACAGAGAAACAUAAACUCCCUGUGUUCAUCUGUUUGUGACACCGUCACAUGACUGACCAGCCUUCUCUCUUUUCUGUCACACACACAUGCAGGCAGCGCCUGUAGAUCACAGAGCGAGUCGAUCCUCGCAGCCGGAGCUCAGGUGCAGAUAAUCCGUGACCUUUAGCGGGUCCGUCCCGGGGCUACCAGCCAUGGUCUUCGAGUCUAUGGUCAGCGACCUCCUGAACAGGUUCAUUGGAGUCUAUGUGGAGAACUUGGACAAGUCCCAGCUGAAGAUCGGGAUCUGGGGAGGAAAUGUUGUUCUGGAGAACCUGAGGGUGAAAGAAAAUGCUCUGAGCGAGUUCGACGUUCCCUUCAAAGUAAAAGCCGGACAGAUUGGGAAGCUGACGCUGAAGAUUCCCUGGAAGAACCUCUACAAUGAUGCGGUGGUAGCCACGUUGGAGGGUCUGUACCUCCUGGUUGUUCCUGGAGCCACUAUAAAGUACGAUGCAACGAAGGAGGAGCGAUACCAGCAGGAAGCCAAGCAGAGGGAGCUGCAGCGCAUCGAGGAGGCGCUGCAGACUGCUGAACGUAGAGCGUCUCAGACCGGAGAUCUGCUGUUCGGUCUGGAGAGCGUUAUUUACAAGGAGCCGCUUAAUGUCCCAAAAGGGCUUAAAAAACCCAAAAAGCACAAAAAAGCUUUAAAGAAGCUGAAACGACAUGAAAACAAAGCAGAGAAAUCUCAGGAAGAGAAGAAGGACACGUUUAUGGAAAAACUUGCCACUCAGGUGAUAAAAAAUCUGCAAGUGAAGAUCAGCAGGAUCCACCUGCGCUACGAGGAUGAUCUGUCAGACCCACAGCGCCCCCUAUCGAUGGGAGUGACUCUAUCUGAGCUCAGCCUACAGACCACUGAUGAGAACUGGAAGCUGUGUAUUCUGAAUGAAGCUGCAAAGAUCAUCUAUAAGCUCGGUCGUCUGGAAAGUCUCUGUGCGUACUGGAACGUCAACAGUCCCAUGUACUACAAGUGUUCAUGGCAGGACAUUGUAGACCAGUUGAAGUCAGAGAUCAGCAGUAAAGACCAGCAACUGCCUCACUAUCAGUACAUCUUCAAGCCGAUCUUCGCUUCUGCUAAAAUGUGCAUCAACCCAAACGCAGAAAUAGAUCUGAAGUCUCCGAAGGCGAAGCUUCAGCUGGAGGUCCAGAACAUCGGCAUUGAGAUGACCAAACCGCAGUACCUGAGUAUGCUGGAGGUACUGGAGUCCAUUGACUUAAUGGCAAAGAACGCCCCCUACAGGAAGUUCAGGCCCGAUCUCCCCGUCCAUAAAAACACCAAAUUCUGGUGGAGGUACGCUUUCAACAGCAUCAUGGAAGUGCACAUCCGAAGGUUCAGCCACAUGUGGUCCUGGUCCAAAAUCAAACAGCAUCGGAAGAACCUGAGGGACUACAAGACUGCCUACAAGUCCAAACUGCUGAGCCAGAACAAGCUGUGUCCAGAUACUGAGAAACAGAUCCAGGAUCUGGAGAAAACCCUUGAUGUGUUCAACAUUACUUUGGCCCGCCAACAAGCCCAGAUGGAGGUGAUCCGAUCUGGACAGAAGCUGGCUGGGAAGAAGCCUGGAGGCCAGAAACAGGGAGGAGGCUUCUUCAGCGGCUGGUUUGGGAGGAAGACAAAGAAGGAGGAGCAGGAGGUGGAGGAGAGCAAGGAACCUGAGAGUUCAGGUCUGGAUCAGCUAAUGACGGCUGAGGAGAAAGAAAAACUCUACACAGCUAUUGGUUACAGUGGCAGCUCCCACAACCUGGCUUUACCCAAACAGUACGUUGCUGUGAUCAUCACCUUCCAGCUGCUCAGGACCUCAGUGACGAUCAGAGAGCAGCACGAUGUACCAGAGACCCUGAACAUCCAGAUGGUUAAUCUCAGCACCAAAAUAUCUCAGAGACCCGGAGCUCAGGCUGUCAGGGUGGAGGCAGCGUUGGAGCACUGGUACGUUACGGGCCUACAGCAGCAGGGCACAGUCCCCUCGCUCAUUGCCUCCGUUGGGGAUUCUUCAUCAUCGCUGCUCACUGUUGUGUUUGAGUUGAACCCAGAGGAGAGUGCUGCUGACCAACUGCUGAAAAUCCACUCUCAGCCCGUGGAGAUAAUCUACGAUGCGGUGACCAUCAACAGUAUGGUGGACUUCUUUAAGAUGGGAAAAGGUGUGGAUCUGGAGGUCCUGACUUCUGCCACACUGUCCAAACUUGAAGAGAUCAAAGAGAAAACUUCUGCAGGUUUGUCUCACGUCAUUGAAACCAGGAAGGUCCUGGAUCUGAAGAUCGACCUGAAACCGUCUUACCUGCUCAUACCAAAAUCAGGCUUUUACAGCAGCACAUCGGAUCUGAUGAUCGUGGAUUUUGGUAGCUUCCAGCUGCACAGCGUGGAUCAGAGCAGUGUUGGUUCAUCUUCCUUUUCGUCUCUGGAGGAGAUUAUGGAUCGAGCCUAUGAGAGAUACGACGUGGGACUGAGAAGAGUUCAACUGCUCUAUAGCAAGUCAGGAGAGACCUGGAAGACUGCUCGGCUGCAGAGUUCAUCAGUUCAACACAUCCUCCAGCCUAUGGAUCUCACGCUGCACCUGGCCAAGUGUAUGGUGGAGAAGGAUGCCCGGAUGGCCAGGUUCAAGCUGUCUGGUGAGCUGCCGCUAAUGCACUUCAGAAUCUCAGACCAGAAAGUCCAGAACAUCAUGGAACUAAUGGAAAGCAUCCCCAUGCCCAAGAUGGACUCUGCUCCUUCCACCCCAACUGAGAAGGUGUUGUCGCUGGCCAGGGCUCGAUCUCAAACGCAGAAUAUAGACCCCACCUUCUUUGACACAUUCGAAACAGACUCUGAUGAAGAUGCCGGCGGGACAUUGACAAAUGAAGAGCAGCAGCAGUCCACUCAGGAAGAGCUCAUCAACAUUCACUUCAAGUUUGAGCUCAGAGAGAUUCUAUUGGAGCUCACACGGCAGGUUGACCAGGAAAAGACCAUUCUGUCCUUCAACAUCUUGCAGCUAGGAGCUGAAGGCAAAAUGCGAAGCUAUGAUAUGGUCAUCACCUCGUAUCUGCGACAAGUUUCAGUCGACUACUGUGAUGUACCAGUGGGCAGAGAUCGUCUCCACCUGAUCAGCUCUUUACAACAGCAGGGUUCCGACCUCCUGAAGGUGGAGUUCAUCAAGGCUGACCCGAACGGUCCCAGCUUCCAGACUCAAUUCAGAAACACGGAGCAGAUGCUGAAGGUGGAGGUUUCCUCGCUAGACUUCCUCCUUCACACUAAAGCUCUGCUUGCGACCAUUAGCUACCUGAACAGCACCGUGCCGGCACAGUUCAGUGCCACACGGGACCAAGUAACCAAAAAGCAGGUGCAGAAAACCGAGCAGGGUUGGACAGUGUCUAAAGGCAGUAAGGAUGGUGGCAUCUUCAGCUUCAAGCUGUUCGCCAUGUUGGACUGCUUCCAUGUGGAGGUUUGCGAUGAUCACUGCAGCAUCGCUGACAUCAGAGUUCAGGGAAUCAAUACAUCGGUGUUUGUGCGAGCGAAGGAUACGGAGGUGUUUGCCCGCCUCAGAGACAUUGUGGUCACAGAUGCCAACCCCAAAACCAUCCACAAGAAGGCUGUAUCCAUCGUGGGUGAGGAGGUGUUUAACUUUAAGCUGUCCUUGUUUACGGGGGCGACACUGGGGGACGGAUACAGCGACAUGUCAAAGGUGGACGGGAAGAUCACGAUGAGUCUGGGAUGCAUCCAGAUUGUCUACUUGCACAAGUUCUUCAUGUCUCUGCUGAUGUUCUUCGACAACUUUCAGACGGCUAAAGAAGCUCUGAGCAGCGCCACUUCUCAGGCCGCAGAGAAAGCAGCAUCCAGCGUCCGAGACUUUGCUCAGAAGAGUUUCCGCUUGUCCAUGGACAUCAGGCUGAAGGCUCCCCUCAUCAUCAUCCCUCAGUCCUCCACAUCCCAGAAUGCCUUGGUGGUGGAUCUGGGACUCAUCACGGUGGAAAACAGCUUUGCAUUGCGAUCAGGUGAAGGAUUCCCUGUGCCAGUCGUGGUGGAGAAGAUGGGCAUAAAGCUGACGCAGCUGAAGCUCUGCAGAACACCAAAGCUCGACUUUCCUACCAAAGACAUCGAAAUCCUUCAGCCGAUUAACUUGGACCUGCUCGUCAUCAGAAACCUGUCUGCUUCCUGGUUCUCAGAGAUCCCCGGGAUCCAGGUCCAGGGGGUUCUCCGCUCUCUCAGUAUGAGUCUGGGUGAAGACGAGCUUUGUGUGCUGAUGAAGAUUCUGGUGGAAAACAUCGGAGAAGGAAGUAAAGAUCACAGCCUGGAUGUUAAAACACAGGCAGCCAAAGAAAAGGCGAAGCUCUCUGAGCAAGGAGAGGUGGUGUCGUUACAGUCAGGAUCUGAUGGUACAAUGGCCACCACCAACAAUGGACUGUCUGAGAAGGACAGCGUCAAAGUCCUGGUUGACUUUGAAGUCAAAGAGGUGCUGCUCUCCCUCAAGAAGCUUAUCAAGCAGGAAGAGGCGCCUUUCCUGGUCUUCCAGCUCGAUCAGCUGGGAAUCAACACUAAAGUCCGGAUGUACGACAUGAGCGCCACCACGUACAUCAGACAGGUCUCUGUGAAGAGCCUGGAGUUUAAAGACUCAGAUGGUGAUCCGCUGUGUCUCAUCAGCUCCUCGGCCGAGUCUGGAGCUGAGCUGCUCAAAGUAGAGUUCUGCAAGGCUGACCGCAGCGGACCAGAUUUCUGCACCACCCACAAGAACACAGAGCAGAUGAUCCAUGUCACCUUCACUUCUCUGGAUGUCAUGCUCCACACCGAGGCUCUCCUGUCAGCCGUUAACUUCCUGUCAUCGUCGGUGUCGUCCAGCAGCAUGCCAUCUGUGGAGAAGGAGGUCUGUCUAAAGACCGAGGAGAAGAUGGCAUCUGCGAAGUCCAAAUCCGUGACCUUUAGCGGGUCCGUCCCGGGGCUACCAGCCAUGGUCUUCGAGUCUAUGGUCAGCGACCUCCUGAACAGGUUCAUUGGAGUCUAUGUGGAGAACUUGGACAAGUCCCAGCUGAAGAUCGGGAUCUGGGGAGGAAAUGUUGUUCUGGAGAACCUGAGGGUGAAAGAAAAUGCUCUGAGCGAGUUCGACGUUCCCUUCAAAGUAAAAGCCGGACAGAUUGGGAAGCUGACGCUGAAGAUUCCCUGGAAGAACCUCUACAAUGAUGCGGUGGUAGCCACGUUGGAGGGUCUGUACCUCCUGGUUGUUCCUGGAGCCACUCAGUCUCAGCUGAAAGCUACUCCUUAUGACGCUAUAAAGUACGAUGCAACGAAGGAGGAGCGAUACCAGCAGGAAGCCAAGCAGAGGGAGCUGCAGCGCAUCGAGGAGGCGCUGCAGACUGCUGAACGUAGAGCGUCUCAGACCGGAGAUCUGCUGUUCGGUCUGGAGAGCGUUAUUUACAAGGAGCCGCUUAAUGUCCCAAAAGGGCUUAAAAAACCCAAAAAGCACAAAAAAGCUUUAAAGAAGCUGAAACGACAUGAAAACAAAGCAGAGAAAUCUCAGGAAGAGAAGAAGGACACGUUUAUGGAAAAACUUGCCACUCAGGUGAUAAAAAAUCUGCAAGUGAAGAUCAGCAGGAUCCACCUGCGCUACGAGGAUGAUCUGUCAGACCCACAGCGCCCCCUAUCGAUGGGAGUGACUCUAUCUGAGCUCAGCCUACAGACCACUGAUGAGAACUGGAAGCUGUGUAUUCUGAAUGAAGCUGCAAAGAUCAUCUAUAAGCUCGGUCGUCUGGAAAGUCUCUGUGCGUACUGGAACGUCAACAGUCCCAUGUACUACAAGUGUUCAUGGCAGGACAUUGUAGACCAGUUGAAGUCAGAGAUCAGCAGUAAAGACCAGCAACUGCCUCACUAUCAGUACAUCUUCAAGCCGAUCUUCGCUUCUGCUAAAAUGUGCAUCAACCCAAACGCAGAAAUAGAUCUGAAGUCUCCGAAGGCGAAGCUUCAGCUGGAGGUCCAGAACAUCGGCAUUGAGAUGACCAAACCACAGUACCUGAGUAUGCUGGAGGUACUGGAGUCCAUUGACUUAAUGGCAAAGAACGCCCCCUACAGGAAGUUCAGGCCCGAUCUCCCCGUCCAUAAAAACACCAAAUUCUGGUGGAGGUACGCUUUCAACAGCAUCAUGGAAGUGCACAUCCGAAGGUUCAGCCACAUGUGGUCCUGGUCCAAAAUCAAACAGCAUCGGAAGAACCUGAGGGACUACAAGACUGCCUACAAGUCCAAACUGCUGAGCCAGAACAAGCUGUGUCCAGAUACUGAGAAACAGAUCCAGGAUCUGGAGAAAACCCUUGAUGUGUUCAACAUUACUUUGGCCCGCCAACAAGCCCAGAUGGAGGUGAUCCGAUCUGGACAGAAGCUGGCUGGGAAGAAGCCUGGAGGCCAGAAACAGGGAGGAGGCUUCUUCAGCGGCUGGUUUGGGAGGAAGACAAAGAAGGAGGAGCAGGAGGUGGAGGAGAGCAAGGAACCUGAGAGUUCAGGUCUGGAUCAGCUAAUGACGGCUGAGGAGAAAGAAAAACUCUACACAGCUAUUGGUUACAGUGGCAGCUCCCACAACCUGGCUUUACCCAAACAGUACGUUGCUGUGAUCAUCACCUUCCAGCUGCUCAGGACCUCAGUGACGAUCAGAGAGCAGCACGAUGUACCAGAGACCCUGAACAUCCAGAUGGUUAAUCUCAGCACCAAAAUAUCUCAGAGACCCGGAGCUCAGGCUGUCAGGGUGGAGGCAGCGUUGGAGCACUGGUACGUUACGGGCCUACAGCAGCAGGGCACAGUCCCCUCGCUCAUUGCCUCCGUUGGGGAUUCUUCAUCAUCGCUGCUCACUGUUGUGUUUGAGUUGAACCCAGAGGAGAGUGCUGCUGACCAACUGCUGAAAAUCCACUCUCAGCCCGUGGAGAUAAUCUACGAUGCGGUGACCAUCAACAGUAUGGUGGACUUCUUUAAGAUGGGAAAAGGUGUGGAUCUGGAGGUCCUGACUUCUGCCACACUGUCCAAACUUGAAGAGAUCAAAGAGAAAACUUCUGCAGGUUUGUCUCACGUCAUUGAAACCAGGAAGGUCCUGGAUCUGAAGAUCGACCUGAAACCGUCUUACCUGCUCAUACCAAAAUCAGGCUUUUACAGCAGCACAUCGGAUCUGAUGAUCGUGGAUUUUGGUAGCUUCCAGCUGCACAGCGUGGAUCAGAGCAGUGUUGGUUCAUCUUCCUUUUCGUCUCUGGAGGAGAUUAUGGAUCGAGCCUAUGAGAGAUACGACGUGGGACUGAGAAGAGUUCAACUGCUCUAUAGCAAGUCAGGAGAGACCUGGAAGACUGCUCGGCUGCAGAGUUCAUCAGUUCAACACAUCCUCCAGCCUAUGGAUCUCACGCUGCACCUGGCCAAGUGUAUGGUGGAGAAGGAUGCCCGGAUGGCCAGGUUCAAGCUGUCUGGUGAGCUGCCGCUAAUGCACUUCAGAAUCUCAGACCAGAAAGUCCAGAACAUCAUGGAACUAAUGGAAAGCAUCCCCAUGCCCAAGAUGGACUCUGCUCCUUCCACCCCAACUGAGAAGGUGUUGUCGCUGGCCAGGGCUCGAUCUCAAACGCAGAAUAUAGACCCCACCUUCUUUGACACAUUCGAAACAGACUCUGAUGAAGAUGCCGGCGGGACAUUGACAAAUGAAGAGCAGCAGCAGUCCACUCAGGAAGAGCUCAUCAACAUUCACUUCAAGUUUGAGCUCAGAGAGAUUCUAUUGGAGCUCACACGGCAGGUUGACCAGGAAAAGACCAUUCUGUCCUUCAACAUCUUGCAGCUAGGAGCUGAAGGCAAAAUGCGAAGCUAUGAUAUGGUCAUCACCUCGUAUCUGCGACAAGUUUCAGUCGACUACUGUGAUGUACCAGUGGGCAGAGAUCGUCUCCACCUGAUCAGCUCUUUACAACAGCAGGGUUCCGACCUCCUGAAGGUGGAGUUCAUCAAGGCUGACCCGAACGGUCCCAGCUUCCAGACUCAAUUCAGAAACACGGAGCAGAUGCUGAAGGUGGAGGUUUCCUCGCUAGACUUCCUCCUUCACACUAAAGCUCUGCUUGCGACCAUUAGCUACCUGAACAGCACCGUGCCGGCACAGUUCAGUGCCACACGGGACCAAGUAACCAAAAAGCAGGUGCAGAAAACCGAGCAGGGUUGGACAGUGUCUAAAGGCAGUAAGGAUGGUGGCAUCUUCAGCUUCAAGCUGUUCGCCAUGUUGGACUGCUUCCAUGUGGAGGUUUGCGAUGAUCACUGCAGCAUCGCUGACAUCAGAGUUCAGGGAAUCAAUACAUCGGUGUUUGUGCGAGCGAAGGAUACGGAGGUGUUUGCCCGCCUCAGAGACAUUGUGGUCACAGAUGCCAACCCCAAAACCAUCCACAAGAAGGCUGUAUCCAUCGUGGGUGAGGAGGUGUUUAACUUUAAGCUGUCCUUGUUUACGGGGGCGACACUGGGGGACGGAUACAGCGACAUGUCAAAGGUGGACGGGAAGAUCACGAUGAGUCUGGGAUGCAUCCAGAUUGUCUACUUGCACAAGUUCUUCAUGUCUCUGCUGAUGUUCUUCGACAACUUUCAGACGGCUAAAGAAGCUCUGAGCAGCGCCACUUCUCAGGCCGCAGAGAAAGCAGCAUCCAGCGUCCGAGACUUUGCUCAGAAGAGUUUCCGCUUGUCCAUGGACAUCAGGCUGAAGGCUCCCCUCAUCAUCAUCCCUCAGUCCUCCACAUCCCAGAAUGCCUUGGUGGUGGAUCUGGGACUCAUCACGGUGGAAAACAGCUUUGCAUUGCGAUCAGGUGAAGGAUUCCCUGUGCCAGUCGUGGUGGAGAAGAUGGGCAUAAAGCUGACGCAGCUGAAGCUCUGCAGAUCAUAUAUACAACUCGACUUUCCUACCAAAGACAUCGAAAUCCUUCAGCCGAUUAACUUGGACCUGCUCGUCAUCAGAAACCUGUCUGCUUCCUGGUUCUCAGAGAUCCCCGGGAUCCAGGUCCAGGGGGUUCUCCGCUCUCUCAGUAUGAGUCUGGGUGAAGACGAGCUUUGUGUGCUGAUGAAGAUUCUGGUGGAAAACAUCGGAGAAGGAAGUAAAGAUCACAGCCUGGAUGUUAAAACACAGGCAGCCAAAGAAAAGGCGAAGCUCUCUGAGCAAGGAGAGGUGGUGUCGUUACAGUCAGGAUCUGAUGGUACAAUGGCCACCACCAACAAUGGACUGUCUGAGAAGGACAGCGUCAAAGUCCUGGUUGACUUUGAAGUCAAAGAGGUGCUGCUCUCCCUCAAGAAGCUUAUCAAGCAGGAAGAGGCGCCUUUCCUGGUCUUCCAGCUCGAUCAGCUGGGAAUCAACACUAAAGUCCGGAUGUACGACAUGAGCGCCACCACGUACAUCAGACAGGUCUCUGUGAAGAGCCUGGAGUUUAAAGACUCAGAUGGUGAUCCGCUGUGUCUCAUCAGCUCCUCGGCCGAGUCUGGAGCUGAGCUGCUCAAAGUAGAGUUCUGCAAGGCUGACCGCAGCGGACCAGAUUUCUGCACCACCCACAAGAACACAGAGCAGAUGAUCCAUGUCACCUUCACUUCUCUGGAUGUCAUGCUCCACACCGAGGCUCUCCUGUCAGCCGUUAACUUCCUGUCAUCGUCGUUGUCGUCCAGCAGCAUGCCAUCUGUGGAGAAGGAGGUCUGUCUAAAGACCGAGGAGAAGAUGGCAUCUGCGAAGUCCAAUGCCCUGGUCUCACCUGUAGACUCUGAGGUCGUAGAUCUGAAGGCAACGAUGACACUGGGAGCCUUCAACAUCCUGGUGUGUGACCAGACCUGCAGCAUGGCUGACAUCAGAGUCAAAGGUUUGAACAGCUCAUUGUUGAUACAAGGACCUCAGACUCACAUAUCGGCCCGCCUGCGAGACAUCGUCGUCCUGGACGUGGAUCCUAAAAGCAUCCAUAAGCAGGCCAUCUCAAUUGUGGGAGACGAGGUGUUCAGCUUCAGCAUGAGUUUGACUCCGAACGCAACGGAAGAUGCCGGCUAUGCAGACACCUCUAGAACGGAUGGCAAGAUGAAGCUGACUGUGGGCUGCAUCCAGGUGGUAUAUCUGCACAAGUUCAUCAUGUCUCUGUUGAACUUCAGCAAUAACUUCCAGACAACUAAAGAAGCUCUGAGCACUGCGACGGCUCAGGCUGCAGAGAAAGCGGCGUCCAGCGUCCGAGACCUAGCACAGAAGAGCUUCCGCCUGUCCAUGGAUGUCAGAAUUAAGGCUCCCCUCAUUAUCAUCCCCCAGUCAUCCAUUUCCCACCACGCACUUGUGAUGGACCUAGGUCUCAUCACAGUGGGGAACAGCUUCUCUUUGCUGUCGGUUAAAGAUUGUCCCCUGCCGGCGGUCAUCGACAACAUGGAAGUGCUGCUAUCUGAGCUGAAGCUCUCCAGGACCUGGUUGGACUCCGAUUCAAAGAAACCCAACGCCGAGCUCCUGAAACCAGUGAACCUGCAACUUAACAUCAGGAGGAACCUUUCAGCUACCUGGUACAAGAAGAUGGCCGCUGUGGAGGUCAAUGGAGACCUGAAACCCAUGAAGCUGGAGCUCAGUCAGGACGACCUGAGAGUCAUGCUGCGGAUCGUGACAGAGAACCUGGGAGAGGCCGUUGGUCUGGAUCUCUGCGCCCCCCAACAGGAGGGCAGCCUGCAGGUUCCAGCUACCAGAGGGGCCCCUACAGGUGAAUCUGAGAAGCCAGCUGGGAGCAUUGACGGGGAUGAAGCUGUGGAGAUGGUGAAGUUUAACUUCAACGUCGAGUCUCUCGAGCUGGUUCUGUACCACAAUGACCCCAAACAGGAAGCUGCAGAUCUUUGGCACCACCAGAACCUGAGACUGGGGGAGUUAGCUCUCCGUCUGAUGAAAGCUUCAGGAAAGAUCCUGAACAAUGGCAGCAUGGAGGUGAACACUAUCCUGACGUCCUGCACGCUGGACGACCUGAGGAGUGGAGUGGACCGGGUGACGUCACGGAUGGUGGGACUGAAAGAGGAGAAUGGCCACCAGGCCAUGAUCGAUGUAACGUUUCGGCAGGAUCCUGCAGAGCGGGAGUUGGUGGCUGUCUUGCAGAAGCUCUAUCUGUGCGUGAGCGUGGAGUUCCUGAUGGCUGUCGCAGAUUUCUUCCUCCAGGCUUUGCCUCAGAGUCCAGCUGCGGCCACACUCGCUGCACCGAGCGACAAGCUGCCACUGAGACGGGUAGCAGAACCACGAGCUGAAACCAAGGCCGCCUCCGCAGUGAAGACCCUUCUACGGGUAGUAAUAGUGGACCCAGAAGUUGUGUUUGUGGCCAACCUGAUGAAUGCCGAUGCUCCGGCGCUCAUGGCCUCAUUUCAGGGUGACUUCAAUCUGCUGGCCGAGGAGGACAGUACCCAGAAGAUGAGGGCCAACCUGAGGGACCUGAAGGUUCUCGCCUGCCCAUUCAUUCAAAGCAAGGAAAACAAAGCUGUAACCACAGUGCUUAAACCCUGCUCUGUCACCUUGGAAACCAAAACCAGUCCCAACCAACCACUGAGUGGCUCUGUGAUGGUGGAGGAAGUCAUCAUGAAGAUCUCUCCCGUCAUCCUUAACACGGUAAUGACAAUGACAGCCGGCAUGACCGCAAAAGCACAGGCCGAACAGAGUCAGGAAUCAAAAGCUGAUGUCAGCAACCUGUGGUCCACCAUGAACGUCUACAACUGUAACUUCUGGUUCCUGGGGGUGGACCAAGCCACUGAGAUUACAGAGAGCUACGAGGAGUCCGAUGGCAGUAACGAGGGAGAAACCUUCACUGCUCAGGUCAAGGUGGUACAGGUGACACUGGAGUCUGGUUUGGGUCAUCGGACGGUCCCUCUGUUGCUGGCUGAGUCUUCCUUUAGUGGGGAGGCCAAAAACUGGUCAUCUCUGCUGCAGCUAAAGGCCGACAUGACAUUGGAGGUGAACUAUUUCAAUGAGGUCCACGCAGUGUGGGAACCUCUGAUAGAACGAGUGGACAGCGGCCGACGCAGGUGGAACCUGGAGCUCGAGAUUAAGAAGAGUCCAGUCAUGGACAAGAGUCCUGUCCAUGGAGACGACUUUCUGUUUCUUCCUGAACCUCAGACUGCCAUCAGCAUCUCCUCCAAAGACACCCUGAACAUCACUGUCUCCAAGUGCAGCCUCAAUGUCUUCCAAAAGCUCGCAGAGGCAUUCACCGAGGGAACAGCCUCAGCAUUUGACCACACCCUGAAGGAGAAACCUCCCUUUACCCUUAGAAAUGCUCUGGGGAUUUCAAUUAUUGUGCAGCACAGUGCCAACUUGAGUCCGGUUGGAUCCAUGACACAUGGAAAAUUACAUGAGCUAUCAGUGGAUCAGAGCAUGGACUUGGUGCACUCUGUUUUUGAAUCCUCAAUCAGAGGGAAACUCUCAGCUCUGCAGAGACAGGAGAGCUGCCUGUUCAACCUCACCAUUGUGCCAUAUGGAUACAGUGAGAUCUCCAACAUCGCUGUGGAUAAACCCGGUCGACGUCUCUGCAACGUGCGAGGUCCGAUGCUGCAGGAGGCGGUGUCAGUGCUGCUGCAGAUUGAUGCUACUGAAGGCAACAGGAUUAUCACUGUACGCUCGCCGCUGCAGAUAAUAAACCACUUCUCAGAGCCUUUCACUAUCCUCAAGUACUGUCCAACAUCAAGAAGUCUGCAGAGCAUCGGCACAGCAGAGCCAGAGAAAGAGUUUCAUGUUGAUCUAGAUGCAUACAGGUGUCAGCUGUUUGUGCGUCCAGCAGGUGCCCUGGAUGGGCUCUACGGUUCGUCUUCCAGCUGCAUGGCCUGGAAGGAGCAGGUUCACUGCAGCUCCGAGGUGCAGUCGGUGCUGCAGUGUCCUGCGUUGGACAGCAACCUGCUGCCGCUCAUGGUCAGCACGCUGGCUGUCCCUGACGACCUGCAGCACAUCACUAGCCAUGGCGAAGAGGACUGGGACCCUGCCUACGUCAUCCGCCUGCAUCCUGUGGCCGCGUUGUCCAACCUGCUGCCGUACACUGUGAGCUACAUCAUGGAGAACUCUGCUGAUGUCUACGAGCUUCAUGAAGGCUGCACCUCUGACCUGCUGAACGCUCGUGUGUCAGGUGAAAUCAUGGCGCUGGCGCUGAUCCAGUACCAGGGUCGGGGCUGGCAUGGGCACAUUCAGAUCGACCGGAACCUGCCAGAGUUCUUUGCUGUGUGCCUGACCUGUGACUCAGAUGCUGGCCUGACCGUGGACGUGAAUGUUCACGUGACAAAAACAUCGAGCCGCUUGCUGCUGUCGCUUUACAGCCCGUAUUGGAUCAUCAACAAGACGUCCCGAGUGCUUCAGUACAGGUCAGAGGAUGUCAUCUUCAAACAUCCGGCCGAGUACCGAGACGUUGUCCUGUUCUCCUUCAAGAAAUCAAAUCUGUUCACCAAAAGCAAGCUCCAGCUGUGCAUCUCUACCAGUUCCUGGUCUGACACGUUCUCCCUCGAUACAGUGGGAAGUUAUGGCUGUGUUCGCUGUCCUGCCACCAACAUGGACUUCCUGGUGGGUGUUAGCAUCCAGAUGAGUAGCUUUAACCUGACCAGAAUCGUUACUUUGAGUCCUUUCUACACCCUGGUGAACAACUCUUUGUUUGAACUGGAGGUGGGAGAACUCAUCAGCCAGACCUCCAUCAGAUGGCACUACAUCCCAUCCACCGAGUGCCUCCCUCUGUGGCCAGAAAACACCUCUAAGAAGCUGUGUGUCCGUGUGGUUGGAUCUUUAUCCAAUUCCAAGUUCUUCUUCUUCAGUCAGCAGGACAAUGGCACCCUGCUGAGCAUGGACAUGUGUGGUGGGAUCAUCGUGAACAUCAAUGUCUCAAAUCACUCUAACAUCAUCAGCUUCAGUGAUUAUUAUGAUGGAGCAGCUCCGGCCCUGCUGAUUAACCACACGCCCUGGGCCUCCAUCAGCUACAGACAGAGUGGAUCGGAGGUGGUCCACAAGCUGGAACCCUGCGAAGCUCGGCGGUUUGUGUGGGACGACCCUGCAGGAACCCGCAAGUUCUGCUGGAUGUGCAGAGAGCAUUCAGGAGAGCUAGAUCUGCUAAAGGAUGAUGUGAGUCAGUUUCCCUACGAUGAACAGUCUCAGAUCCACUGGGUUUCCUUUCUGGAUGGACGUCAGCGGGUGCUGUUGUUCACCGAGGACACCGGCGUGGUGACAAAAGCUCGGCAGUCAGAGGAGCUCGAACAGUUUCAGCAGGAGCUGAAGGUUUCUCUACAAAACCUCGGCCUGUCUCUCAUCAACAACGGCAGCCGGCAGGAGAUUGCGUACAUCGGUAUCACCAGCUCAGGUGUGGUUUGGGAGUUUAAGCCAAAGAAUCGCUGGAAGUCAUUCAGUCAGAAGAACAUUAACCUGCUGGAGAAAGCCUACCAGAGUCAGCAGAGUGGGAAGAUGGACGGCGGCUGGGUCAGACUGGACAACAACCUGGAGGUUAACCUCAGCCAAGCUAUCAUGAUGAUGCGUCAACCCCAUUCGUGCCCUGUGAGGAGGAACUUCCUAUCGGGGAUCCAGGUGGAGUUCAAGCAGUCGCUGCACCAGCGCAGCCUGAGAGCCCAACUGCACUGGCUGCAGGUGGACAACCAGUUGUCAGGUGCCAUGUUCCCCAUCGUCUUCCAUCCAGUUCCUCCCCCAAAGUCCAUCGCUCUGGACUCAGAACCAAAGCCCUUCAUCGACAUGUCCGUCAUCAUGAGGUUCAACCAACACAGCAACGUCACACAGUUUAAGUACUUCAUGGCUCUGGUUCAGGAGAUGGCGGUAAAGAUUGACCAGCGUUUCCUAGAUGCCGUUGCAGCUCUGUUCACUCCAGCCACUAACCUGCAGAAUAAUGGACAGAAGUCGGGGCUGAUUGAAGGAGAUCUGAAGCGUCUGCAGGCGGAGCCAACAGAUGCUUCUCUGUCAGAUGUGUCGGGACUCAGCUUCUUUGAGUAUUUCCAUAUCUCACCUGUCAAGCUCCACCUCAGUCUGUCUCUGGGCUCCAGCGAUGGUGACUCUUCUCAGCAGAACCCCGUUACUCGGUCCCUGAACCUGGUGCUGAAAAGCAUUGGAGCUACGCUGACCAACGUUGACGACAUCAUCUUCAAACUGGCCUUCUUUGAGGUGAAGUACCAGUUCUACAACAAAGAGAAUCUGAUGUGGGCCGUAGGCCGACAUUACACUGAAGAGUUCCUUAAGCAGAUGUAUGUUCUGGUUCUUGGCCUGGAUGUCCUGGGUAAUCCGUUUGGAGUAAUCCGAGGUCUGUCCGAAGGAGUGGAGGCUUUCUUUUAUGAGCCGUUCCAGGGAGCCGUUCAGGGUCCAGAGGAGUUUGCUGAAGGUUUUGCGAUCGGCGUUCGCAGUCUGUUGGGUUCAACAGUUGGUGGCGCUGCAGGUAUGUUCUCCAAGAUCACGGGCUCCAUGGGUAAAGGCCUGGCAGCCAUGACCAUGGAUAAAGAGUACCAGCAGGAACGUCGGGAGGACAUGAACCGGCCAACGAAGGACUUCACAGAGAGUCUGGCCAAAGGAGGAAAAGGACUGCUGAAGGGCGUCUUUGGCGGAGUCACAGGCAUUGUCACCAAACCUGUGGAAGGAGCGAAGAAGGAGGGCGCAGCUGGAUUCUUUAAGGGGAUCGGGAAAGGUCUGGUGGGGGUGGUGGCUCGGCCAACAGGCGGCAUUGUGGACAUGGCCAGCACCACUUUUCAGGGAAUCCAGAGAGUGGCCGAGGCGACCGAGGAAGUGACCAAACUCCGGCCAGUCCGUCUGAUCAAGGAGGAUGGGAUCAUCCGACCUUAUGACGUGACGGAGUCGCAGGGUUUUGACCUCUACCAGCACUCAGGGAUCAAACACCUGGAAGGUGAAGUGUUUAGGAGUUACUUUUCGUAUCCUGGUCACAGGAAGUCCAACAUCAUCGUCACCAACAGGCGGGUGUUCUGUGUGAAGGAGAUGGAUUUGUUGGGUCACCUGACCACAGACUGGGAAUGCUUGUUUGAGAAUUUCUACCGUUCUCCUACCGUGACAGGAUCAGAGCUGAAGAUUUACUGCAAGGAGAUACACAAACUGAAGCUUCAAAAAACUCAAGAGCCUGUGAGAAUGAUUCAGUUCAAAGAUGCAGAUACUGCCAAGAAGCUGCAUGAGGCCAUAUGGGAUGCUCAGGAUGCCCAGAAGCAGCACCACAUGGUCAGACAGAAGUCCCAGCGCUUCCUGAGACUCAGCAAGAAACAGUGAUGUCAUGUCCUGUCUGCGGCUCUGCUAGGGAAUGGGGUUUAAGUUAAUCAUUGCUGUCACUGAAACCUGCUGGCUCCAUCUGUCCAAUAGCCCACUCAGCAGCCAUUGAAUUCACCUUCCUAUCUCCAGAUUUGGAUUAUUGUGGAGUCAGCAGAAUAUUUCAAAAUAAAAGCAGGAAAUGUGGGGCAGUAAUUUCCUUUUCCUAAAGAAAUAAAAUGUUUAUAUUGAACAGUAAUGUUAAAACUGAUCAUGUAUAUGUUCUCAGUAACCUUGGUGGAAUUACUUUGUGUCUGUUAUUUUGUCCCUGCUUUGUACCUACAGGGUUUUUUGCACUAGAUUUGCUUCAACCACUGUGCCAAUAAUGGAUGUUUAUGUCAUUUUUAUAGAAAUAAACAAAUCUUUAAGAAAUAAUA